AUGGUAACCGUGACAACUCUGCUACGCAAUCCGGAUUACCCUCCUUCUCCUCCAUUUCAUUUGAUCUUCAUCCCAUAUCCAGAUGAGUUACGAGUGACACAGCCGGCCAGUCACUUUCUACAGCUUGAAAUGCGCUGUCAUCCUGUUCAUUACUGUGCAUCAUCCGAAUCAUCCAUCACCAUCAGAAUCAUCCUCAUCGUCAUCAUAAUCAUAAUCAUCGCCAUGAUACCUCCACUAAAACACAUCAAGCAACUUGAGCAAACCCCGUCCCUAAACUUAAUACGCAUAUGGUUAAGCAUCGUCCAUGGAUCACAAACAACCGCUACCAUUGGCUUCUUGACGCCUGGUCGCGUCUCUACACACUUGAGAGCACCCCUAGGAAUUCGGGACACGUGCAUCAAGGGUGACCAACCGUCGGACGCACAUUAUCAAGCACUGGACAUGAUGCUGUUAGCAACAGGCCUCGCGCCUGAACACCCAAAAGCCACUCUCUUCGUGGGCGGGCUCAAGUACUCCCCAAGGUUAUCAAAGUUUCGACGUGAACAUUCUGCGCGCACUUUGUCUGACAUUUUACUCGCAGACCGCUUUGAUCAGCUCGAUGAUACUGAAGCAAAUUGCCGACUGUCUGUCGGAUAUGAAGUUCCCAUGACGGCGAAUAUCAGUGAAGAUUGUGGCGGGGGAAAGAUUUCCGGCCGAGCCGACUGGUCCCUUGGCUAUAUGACCGAACUUGAUAAGUUGGAGCAGAUGCUGGUAGUGAUCGAGGCUAAGACUGAUGUCUCAUCCAACCGGAACAUGGCUCAGCUGGUAGCGUAUCUCCAUGCUAUCCAGGAGGCGCGCGUUCAAAGCAAGAAGAACUCUUCUGCUGUUUUUGGUGUUCUUACCGACUCAAAACUCUUCCGAUUUGUCGUCUUGCGCGACUGA